AUGGCUGCUACUCCGCCAGCUACGGCUCCCAAUUACAUCGUGGGCGAGUCCCGCUCUGGAGACAUCAUAGCCAUUGUGACUGCCAUGACUGCCCUGUCCACGGUUGUCCUUGCUGUGCGUCUAUGGAGCAGGAUUGGUCUUCAAGGAGUGUCCCCCGGCGCCGAUGAUUGGACUAUCAUUGCAGCCUGGGUGUUCAGUGUCGCCUUCACGGUCGAUGUGUCGACGCAAACGGCAUAUGGACUAGGAAAGCACCUUGGAGACCUUCCACCGACGACCAACUUCUCUGCCUCCCUAGAGCUCUUCUACUUCGGCGAGGCGAUUUAUUACAUCACUGUCAGCCUGACUAAGAUUUCCAUCUUGUGCCUCUAUCUGCGCCUGAUCCCGCAGAGAUCAUACCGCUACAUCAGCUAUGGCCUCAUGGUAUUUGUAGGUCUCACGGGGUUCUGCUGCGUUCUUGCUGGAGUGUUCCAGUGCAAUCCGAUCCAUAAAGCAUGGAACCCAGAGUUGGAGGGAACGUGCUUCAACCAGGUAGCCCUCUUUAUGAGCAAUGCCGGCCUGAAUAUCGCCCAGGACAUCAUCAUUUACCUCUUUCCCAUCAAGAGGUUCUGGGAGAUCCAGUUGCCGAGAAAGCAACGUAUAGCGUUGAUUCUCGUCUUCGUUGUGGGUGCCUUUGUCUGCAUAACUGGAAUCCUGCGCUUGCAGUCUCUCACUUUGGCAUCUGUUUCUGCGGACGUAACCUGGGACAACUACGGCUCAGCCAUCUGGUCAUCGGUCGAGGCCAACGUUGGAAUCGUCUGUGCGUCCCUGGUGCAUCUGAAGCCGCUUAUUAUUCGAUAUGCACCGUCCUUGCUCAACAUGACGCGGAACACCCGACUCGCGGACGAACGCUCCGGUGACGACAGCGGCCUGCGAAGCGGCGGUCGCUCAGGGCUCAAGGGCAACAAGCAAUCCGCUAUGAAUUCAGCGAUGGAGCUCGACGAUAGCGAAGAAUCCAGCAUCAUUCGGUCCGCAAGGCAGGAGACGACACAUGGUUAUCACACUCACGCCAAUUCGAGCCCAACACAUUCCCGGGGCAUGAGCCGUGAUGGGUCUCGCAUUCACAAGACGACACAAAUUCAAAUUUCUUAUGUUGACGCAAAUCCUUAUGGGGGACCGCGGACGCAGGGCAUCUAG